AUGCCGGGACGUAGUCUCCCAUCUAGGCUUCCUCGGUAUUACGAUAGGUUUCGGUCUCCAGACGCCCAUCAUUUCGCCAUAGACAGUCAGGAUCCCAAGGACCUUUUCCUAGGGAUCGCGACGUUGUACUUUGGUUUUACCAUAAGGAACGCCGUCUGGAUCGUCGUCUCGGCUGCGCUUUUCCAUACCCGAUCAAUCGAGGAGGCAUCGCUCUCUAGUCCGUCGACGAAGGCUACGCUCUUAGAGGUCGUCGGGAUCUCUGAGAAACGCAAAAUGAUUGGGAAUAAUCGGCUACGGGCCGUACUUCUGGGAUAUGACGAGGCCGUCACCCAGACGCUGUAUCUACCGCUAGGUCUUUGCGCUGCCACCAUUGUGGAAUCUGUUUUUAGCGAGUGGCAGUCUGUCAAGAAGAAGCACGCAUAG